AUGGUCCUCAUCAAGAGCUUCGUGCUCGCCGGCUUGACGGCCGUUGUAGCCGCCAAAUCCGCAGUCCUCGACCUCAUCCCUAGCAAUUUCGACGAUGUCGUGCUCAAGUCCGGCAAGCCAACACUUGUUGAGUUCUUCGCGCCAUGGUGCGGCCACUGCAAGAACCUCGCCCCAGUGUACGAGGAUCUCGCCAGCUCCUUCGCAUCUUCCAAGGAUGUCCAGAUCGCAAAGGUCGACGCCGAUGCCGAGAAGGAACUUGGCCGUCGAUUCGGUGUCCAAGGAUUCCCUACCCUUAAGUUUUUCGAUGGCAAGAGCGAAACGCCCAUCGACUACAGCAGUGGCCGUGAUCUGGAGAGCCUGUCCAACUUCAUCACUGAGAAGACCGGUGUGAAGCCCAAGAGGAAGUUGGAGAAGCCUUCGGCCGUUACCAUGUUGACGGACUCGACAUUCGAAAAGGAGGUUGGCAGCGACAAGAACGUCCUGGUUGCAUUCACUGCGCCUUGGUGCGGCCACUGCAAGAACCUGGCCCCUAUCUGGGAGCAGGUCGCCGAGGACUACGAGAACGAGCCCAAUGUCCUGGUCGCCAAGGUUGACGCCGAGGGAGAGAACAGCAAGGCGACCGCCAAGGCCCAGGGCGUGACUUCGUACCCGACCAUCAAGUUCUUCCCAGCCGGCAGCAAGGAGGCCGAGCUCUACAGCGGCGGCCGCGCCGAGGCUGACUUUGUCUCAUUCCUGAACGAGAAGGCCGGCACUCACCGUGCUGUCGGCGGCGGCCUGGACGCCUACGCAGGCACGAUCGAGGCGCUCAACUCGGUGGUCGACAAGUUCACGGGCGGUAAGAGCGUCCUGACCGAGGCCCUGGCCGACGCGCAGAAGCAGGCCGAGGAGCUCAAGGAGCAGGCUCAGUACAAGUACGCCGAGUACUACGUCCGCGUGUUCGACAAGUUGAAGAGCAACGACGGAUACGCUGCCAAGGAACUCGCGCGUCUGGAUGGGAUUCUGAAGAAGGGUGGCCUGGCCCCCACGAAGCUUGACGAGCUCACGAGCAAGACCAACAUCUUGCGCCGCUUUGUCGAGGAGAAGAUCGAGCAGAUCAAGGAUGAGUUGUAA